UUCUUUCUUUUUGUUGAUGCUGCUUCCGGUUUAGAGUGCAGACAGACGGCUGGGGAUGCCUGAUGAAGACUGGUUUAUAGGCUGGGGUUGUAUUUCAUAUACACAUAUUUCUGCUUUUCAUCUAAUCGGGUAGGAUGGUGGCAGAGACUCUGCGGCGAGGUUUUGGGUUGCUGAGUUUCAGUUGACAGCACUUUAUGGGACUGCUUCCCUUUUGGACCGGAGUAGUUUAUUUUUCGUAUUUCUUUUUAUUUCUUGCUUCUGCACCCUCCACCCCCAGCAACUCAGGGGGUUACCCCGGGAUCUAAGCCCUAUACCUAACUGAACUGCUAGGGAAUCAAGAGAAAUAAAAGAAGGCUGCUGGACUCGGAAGCUUCGAGCAGGAUUACCCGAGGCUCAUUAGGCACUGUAUAAAUGGAUUUGCUUUCUUUAUCUCUCCUUGAUCGUCUUUCUACAUCCAGAUAUCAGUACUGAUGAGCCACUAUCCGACCCGUUUCUACUGAGGAAUUGCCAAGGUAACGGUGACUUGCGAAGUUUCAGGUCUCCUUUGAAUGCAGUGGGUUGGGAAGGUCAAGGGUUCUACAUUGCCCCUUCCAGUCUGGACUUGCCCCAAAAUCAAAGCCAAGCCUGAGUACUGAGGCACGACUUGCAAACGUAACCAAAGCUGCCUUACUAUGGGCGUCAGCAAAAGUAAACCCCGUGAACCUGGGCAACGAAGUAGAAGCCUUGAUGGAGUUGAUAUCUCAAACCCAACACCCAUUGCACCAGCACAGUCCCAGACACCAAUGAAAGUGACGACAGAUGGACGGUCUUCUAACCCAGCUUUUGGAGCUGCUACAGAAAACUCACUGUUUGGAGGAAUCAAUUCUUCUGAUACAGUAACAUCUCCACAACGUUUUGGUGGGAAGGAGAUUGGUGGUUGGCCCGCUCACUCACUACUGGAAGAACUGGUUACAUUCCCAGCAACUACGUAGCUCCUUCAGACUCCAUCCAGGCUGAAGAGUGGUAUUUUGGGAAGAUUACACGGAGGGAGUCUGAGAGACUUUUACUGAACUCUGAGAACUCGCAUGGCACUUUCCUUGUCCGUGAGAGUGAAACAACCAAAGGUGCAUACUGCCUUUCUGUCUCGGACUUUGACAGUGUGAAAGGUCUGAAUGUUAAACACUACAAAAUUCGUAAACUGGACAGCGGUGGCUUCUACAUAACUUCUCGGACACAGUUCAACAGCCUGCAGCAUCUAGUGAACUAUUACUCAAAACAUGCUGAUGGUUUGUGCCAUCGGCUCACAAGUGUGUGCCCUACUUCCAUUCCACAGACACAGGGACUUGCCAGGGAUGCCUGGGAAAUCCCAAGAGAAUCCCUUCGGCUGGAGGUAAAACUUGGGCAAGGCUGCUUCGGAGAAGUCUGGAUGGGAACCUGGAACGGUACAACCAGAGUCGCAAUCAAGACCCUUAAACCUGGAACGAUGUCACCCGAGGCCUUCCUGCAAGAAGCACAGGUGAUGAAGAAGCUGAGGCAUGAGAAACUGGUGCAGCUGUAUGCAGUGGUUUCAGAGGAGCCCAUCUACAUAGUUACUGAAUACAUGAGCAAAGGGAGUUUACUGGAUUUCUUGAAAGGUGAAAUGGGAAAGUACCUGAGGUUGCCUCAGCUUGUUGACAUGGCUGCUCAGAUUGCAUCUGGAAUGGCUUAUGUAGAGAGGAUGAAUUACGUACAUCGAGACCUCCGUGCUGCCAACAUUCUAGUUGGGGAGAGCUUGGUGUGCAAGGUGGCAGAUUUUGGUCUUGCUAGAUUAAUAGAAGAUAAUGAGUACACAGCCAGACAAGGUGCCAAAUUCCCUAUCAAGUGGACAGCACCAGAAGCUGCUCUCUAUGGCCGAUUUACGAUAAAAUCUGAUGUUUGGUCUUUUGGGAUCUUGCUGACUGAAUUGGCUACAAAAGGCAGAGUGCCAUACCCAGGAAUGGUAAAUCGUGAGGUGCUGGACCAGGUAGAACGUGGUUACAGAAUGCCGUGCCCUGCCGAAUGCCCUGAAUCUUUGCAUGACCUUAUGCUACAGUGCUGGAGGAAAGAUCCUGAAGAGAGGCCCACCUUUGAGUACCUCCAAGCUUUCCUUGAAGAUUACUUCACAUCCACAGAACCUCAGUACCAGCCAGGAGAAAAUCUAUAGACUGCAAUGCUGGUCUUAGUACCAAAGACUGUCUAGCACAUGUAACAAAGACUUCUCAGUAGCUGAAAUGCAAAUGUAUCUUUUAGCUCCCAUUCAGAAGGGCCUUUUGGGCUUUUAAAAAAAGGGGUGAGGUGAAGGAUUGUCCAGUUAAGUUUCAUUAUCCACAGUACUGUGCAACCAGAAUUCCACCUCUCAUAUCACUGGCAUCUCCUUCUUUAAGUGAAUGUUUAUGUAAACUGUACUUGUGAGAGGUGCCUUUUGUGGUACAAAUGUUCACUUAGGAGCGCUUGUUUCCUUAUUGCGCUCACAUUCUUACUAUUUCCUUUUUUGUGUUUUUACUAAGUGAUGUCUUCCUGUUUCUUCCCAGCUGUGCAUUUUUGUAGUAUCUUUUACUAACAUCUGAUGUCAGACUAUUGUGUGGUACAAAUCCUGCAAAACUCUACCUGCAAAGCUUUCCUUGGACUGGUCUUUUUUAUUUUGUUCAGAAUGGGACCAUAGUGCCAAGAGUUGCUGGUACACUGUAAAUGGUACGUUAUAACUAAAACUAUGCAGUUUGUCACCUCACCCCCUGAGGUUAAUGAUGUAUUGAAUCUGAAGAACUGGAAUUUCUUGUGCAUUGUGCACAUUCUGAUUUGCACAUGGGUCUAUAGUUCUAGUUUUUGUAAGAUAAUGGUGACAGAGGCACUAAUUCUACUUUUUCCCUCAUUUGUUUAGACUUGUGAUUCUUGUAUAUAGGGGAACUUGUUAAACAUUUAUUCUGGCAUGUUCUGUGCUUUAGCCAAGGUACUUAAACUCCCUUCCCUUUUGAUAAGUUUUUGAUAACGUGAGAAUGGUUUAGAUGGACUGUGAUGUUUCCUCCUUCUGUUUAUGAUUUUGGUGUGCAACAGCAGAAUUCAGACUUGCUUGGCAAUACAUGUGUUGUGCUGCUUUCUCUCUUUGUCUCCAGAAGCUUCCAGCACUCAAAGAUCUUUUUCCUAAAGUGCUGCAGAAGUGGAUGCACACGUCGAGGUGUGUGUGAUAGGGGCUAACUUUCAGACCAUCCUUUGGCCAUUAGAUAUUCUCAAGUCAGCUGUCAGUAUGUUCAGACUUUAUCUAGUGGUUUUAAAUGAACACAUGAAAAAGAGAUAGCUAAGAAAUGGAAAAAUUGGGACUUUGUUAUGGACAUAGCUUUGUUUUAAUAAUUGUGCACACAGAGUUGUAUCAUGUUCACAUGGCAGUCAACCUUUCUAUCAGUAAACAGAAUAGGAACACUCUAGUAUGAACUUCUGUGGAAUGAUAUUUGUUUUUUACAGAAAUGCAUACUUGUGAGCAGCUUCAGAAGACAUUUUCCAUUUGAGAUAUUUCUUGUAGGAGGUCAUAUUGGUUAGAAUCAGCCCUGACACAGGCCUGAGUCCACCAGAAAUUCUCAUAAGUAGGAGUCGUCAAGAAAAAGCCUCCAAUGGCACUGCAGGCUGUGAAAAGAAAUUAAAUGAGCAAAUGGCCUCAUCACAGCAUGGCCUCCUGCCACAGUUUUACUAGACUACAGUUGUCCGCCUUCCCCUUGAUGUGUAUGAAAAAACAUCACUGCCUUUUUUAAUUUUUUUUUUCUGUGCUAAGAAAAUAAAUGUAGUGAGAAACUUUUUUUUUCUGGUAGCAAUGUCUGGGUGAUGAAAUUAUCUCAGGAGGAAUGUAUGAAGCCUUAGUAAAAUAUUUUGAGUUUGGAUCACAACACUUGCAUCUGCAUGCUGCAUAGGUAAUGUAACAAGGCAGUGGAGAAACAGUGACUGGAGAAGCCUGUAGAACAUUUUUUUAAAAACCUAAUUCAUCUUGCCUUGCACAUGAAGUCCCAGUAAUAUGUAAACUCUCGUCAUUCUGCCAGUCAUUGUGUUACAUCUCGGUCAGAAAUUAUGUAAAGUGUAAACAGUGCUUGAGCUCUGUAUGACCCCUAUAAAAUGAAUAGCUUUAAAGGUGCGGUAAGGCAAAAAGCCAGUUGUUGAGAGCUUCCCAGUCCAUUUAACUGUGUGUUACUAACAUAUAGUAUACAACUCAGCUCAACCUUAUGGCAUUUAUGAAAUGGACAAAAGUGACUAUGGCUAAAUCAUUUCCUACCUGCAUAGCAUAUAGUUUAUACACACAUACAACUGCCAGUUAGAUUACCAAAAAAAUUAACCCAUUUCAUAAUCAUUGCUUAAGCUGAAAUGUCAUACUCAGACAUUCCAGAACAAAAUAUUUUGAGGGAACCAUGUCCCUCUUAAUGACAGCAGUGUCAUUUCACCACUGUGAAAUGGGUUGCAGAGUUUACAUCAACUGAAAUGGGGUAGCAAAACUACUGAACCCACUUAAUAUAAAGCAUUUGGUGAUUAAGCUUCAUAGAAGUUUACUGGGAUCUUGCUUACAAACUCUGUUUACCUUUGUUGAAUACCUUAGUUUGAUAGUACCAUGCACUUACCUUUCAGUGAUUUUGUAUUUACUUUAAAUAAGUCUGCUGCCUGUGAAGCCACAGAAUGUUAACCAAGAAAAAGCUUUGUUGAGAGUCUUGCAUCUCUUCAGCAAGCUUCUGAUGCUUCCAGUUUCUCACUAAGAAUACAGUGAGUGUUUAUAUAAACUGUUAUCAUACCGAAUUCCUGAAUAUUUCUUGUUCACUUGCCCUCUUUACAUCCAUUUAUUGGACACUUUUACCAUAAAACCUUGGGCCCAUUUUUUUUUCUGCUACCAAACACACCUGCUGUCAUGUCUUUUUCUAAUACAAAGAGGAUUGCAAACAAAUAGCCAGUGACUGCGUAAUCAGUCUUGCACUAUGACGGCCAGUAAUCAAGAGUUUUGAAUAAGAGAGUUCAGUUAAAGGUUCAUAGAUGAUGACUUGCUCAUUAAUUGCUAGCAAUUCCUCUGGCUGUCUCCCUUUAUUGCCUACUUCUUUUGAACUGGAUGUGAUAAUUUUAUAAGAUAGUAUGUAUUUAUAUGGAAUCCUGUUGGUUUCUCCAUCAGACUAUUUGUGUGUGUGUGGCACAUGAAAAGAGAGUUCCAAGUACAUCAUGUCAAACCAUUUCUGUUUCCUGCAUUGUCCUUCUCAUGCAAAUCUUCCUCCAUAUAUGUAUUUCCCCAGGGUUACUUUUCAGUCUUUUGCCUUCUUCUGUUGACCCUUUCUACACCAAACAAUUCAGUUAGAAUUUAAAUAGUUUUUAAGGACUGCAUCACAAAGUUGAUUUUGUUGUGAUUAACACCAUCCAUAACCAAAACCUCAACCUUGGUUAUCUCCAUCAUCAGGGUGAACCACUGGCAUGGGAAGAGAACUUAUGAUUAAUUGAUAUGACAUUAUGAUUUCUGUACAACAGUAGGCCAUCUGGUAAAAUAUUAGGAUGAAUGCACGGAUGCAUCUGAAUUUUCUUAUUGCAGAAUUGUAUGGAUUUUAACAAGACUGGCUUGCGCUGUAUGUUCAAAAUCAGUAAGCUGGCAUCUGGGAAGAUAUAACCAAAACAAAUGAACACUAAACUAAACAAUAAAAGUAAAACAAAUGGAAAACCAACUGAGAUAUCUCAAAACACACUUUAUUAAAUAAUUUGACUUAGCACUUUCAUCCCGACUUCAGUAAGAAUAAUUUCAAACAUGACUCCCCCUAUUAAAAUGCUAAUUAUCUACCAAUCAGAACACACUAAUUUACACAUUAUAAAUUAUAAAGAGCAAUUAAAAUUAAGUUAAAAAGGUACCGAUCAGUAACAGUACAUGAAAUUUUCCCAACAAUUCUUUUGGUAAAACCAUUAAAUUACUAUAAUCGUAACAUGUUGUUAUUAUAUUAUUUAAAAAACAUUUACAUGACAUUAGCCUUUUCUGUUCAUGCUAACUAAUGAGAGAGAAUCAUUUAUUCCUGGACUAAUGGAGGCCUUGAGCCUCAGCUGCCAAGUGAGUUCCUUAAACUCUUGAGUGUCAAAGUCUACCAUCAAAUCCAUGGCUCUCACCCUAUCAGUCACAAAAAGCAUCAUAACCUGUUUAAAAUCAGGAAGAUGUACUAAUGGCCCAGCCAUCUUCAUUUUUUUUUUAUAUUAACUGUUUUUACUUUUUUCAGUCUAGGGACAGUGUACUUCAGACUAAAGAAAUCCCUUAACAAAACUCUGAAUAUUUUUUGAAGCUGGAAUCUAUAUUUUCAUACCCCCCAGCUUAAAGCAAAUAUUUUUUGACAGAGCUUGUACAUAUCAAAUUCCAGCAGCAAACAGCCUGAAAAAUGAAAACUUCAGAUUAUGGCCCUGAGCACAGGUUGUAUUUUGGUGACAGAGUUAAUGAAAUAUAUUGACUUCAAUCAAAAGCUCAAGGUGACUGGGAAUGGAAGUACCUUUUUUGGUCAGAGCAACAUUUUUAGUAGAUAUCACCAUCUGAUAAAUGAUUAAUUUUACUUUAGGCUUCCAACCUCACACAGAUAUCAGACUUAAGCAAGGUAAACCUACUUUAUAUUUACAAACCAAAAUUAAAAUAAGUCAUUUAAUCUUACUUAUAAAAUCAUCAUUAAUUUCAACGUUUGAAUAAGAAAAAUGAGGUUUAUUUAACGUUCUGUUACUGACAAAUGCACCGAUUGCAUCAGAUUCUUAUUGGAGAUUAUGCAGUGCAUCUCAGAGAUGUGUAUGAAAAAGGAAUGCAUUGUUCUUUGAGAGUGGAAUAUAUGUAAUGAUCCAUGAUGAUCACAGAAAAUGCUCACAUUUCCAAUUGCAGACAUAAUGUUACUGGUUCAAGCCCUAGCAUUCCAAAUAGUAUCAUCCCAUUCAAGCCCUGUUAGCGGUUGGCAAAUAAAAUGAAAUGCUGUUUUCACAUUUCUCAGCACUGACUUUUAGGAGCCUUUUCUGAGUUACUGUUGUCCUACACCCUUCAUCAUAUCUGUGCCAGUGGGGGUUACAGCACAUGCAACCAAAUUAUAUUUCAAAUGCAUGUAUCGUAAUUCUGUUUAGGGCUAUCCUGGGCACAUGCAAAGGAAUCAUUUCCCUCUUCCCACAUGUCCAUGCAAAGCAUGCAGGGAGUACCCAUUACCCCAAGACAUACGAAUGGAAUGCAAAAAUUAUUACAGAGUUCUGGUCAUGUGGCAGUGGGCUUGCCCACAUUUCAUUGCAAAAAUUAUUACAGAGUUCUGAUCAUGUGGCAGUGGGCUUGCCCACAUUUCAUUGUAUUGGACUGCAGAAGUGUACUUUGAAUGGUCAGUAGAGCAAAGAACUUGAGAUUGGGAAACCACAGUAAUACUAUGGAUGUAAAUUAAACUGUGAGUGACUUGCCUGUCACCCCAGUUUACUUAAAGUAAUAUUAUUUUUUCUCUUUCUCCGUCAGAUUAAUCCCUAAUAAUGACUUAGUAUUCAGAAUCUGCACAUAAAAAAGAAACUUUCACAGCACAGUUUUACAAGCAAGGUAAUAUAAUUUUCCAAACUGGGUUUUGUGAUUCCUACAAAUGUAUUUACGGUUGCUGAUUUAUAGUAAUCCAUCUUACAAAAUGGGGUGAUAUAUAUUACCCUGAGGACAUUCAUUGUAUUGGGAAAAGUAAUAACUGCACUAUUUGUCAUCAAAUGUGAGUAGGGUUCUUCUGCAGUUUUCCAUUAGUGAGAAUAUCAUAAAUAGAUCUACAUUUUAAGGUGAUGAAAAGUACUACUUCACAAAAUCUUGCCAUCUCUGAUUUUGUGCUGUUUUUAAAGAAAUCUUUGUAUUGUAAGUAUAUGUGGGGAGAAAAAAGUAUUUUGAUUAUUAAGAAAGAGUACAGUUUUGUUGGCAGCUUUCCUUUAAUUUUCAGUAGUGAUAGAUGGUUCUGUUAUUAACAGAAAAAACAUUUCUAUCUUUCAUCUGUCCUUGCAUUCAGUGGAUAUUGCUCUGAUUUUUUUCUGGAGACUGCAUAUUUGUAGCUUCUUUCUAUCAUGAAUAAAUGUUUCCCUUUUCUGCACAGAUUUCUGUUGAGGAACCCACUUCCCCUUUAUCCAUCACAAAGCAGAAAGACUCUCUCUGUUAAUUCACUCACUCCACAGUUCAUUAGAAAUAAGCCAAAUUGGUUGCUGAAUCAAAAUUCUAUCAGUGCUUACUGACAAGGGAAGUAAUUCUUACUGUAUUGUGGUACUACUAUGUGGGUUGUCUGUGACAGAAAAUACUAAUGAAAUGUCAGCAAGUAGUGAGUGUGAAAAGGAUUGAAGGGUGAUUCUGGUUAUGAUAGUUUCUGUUCAGUAGGUGUGUGAAGAAAAUGAAUUUCUGUGCAUUCUUCAGAGGCAUACAUGUAUGCAUGGCCGAGUGUCAUUGCUAUGAUAUUAAGAAACAAAAUACUUGUGGAGAGAGUUUGUCUGCUUUGAUUUAUUGUUUCCUUUCAUAAGUGAUAUGGUGACCUUUGUGUUGAUGUUUUUUUUUUUUUUUUGGGGGGGGGGGGUGCUGGCAGCCUGGCACUUUAUAUAUAUUUUUUUCUUUUUUUUGUUUGAAUAUUUAUUUUGCUGUUUGUCACAGGUUGAUCAGGACAUCAGUAUUUUUUUUCCUUUCAUUUAAUGUAUUUUCUGCAGAUUAUGUAUUCAGUAAUUUGGCUUUUCAGUGUACUUGGUUUUGUUAUUGGGUGGAGUGUGUACUGCGGAACUGACCCUAACACAAUGUAUGCUCUUCUUACCCAUAGUCUGAAUCUGUGUAUCUUGAUGCUCGGCUUGCAAUCAUGAAUUUCUGGUCAGUUGUGAGGAAUAUUCUGAGUUCACUUAAGUCUUAGUGUGGACUAUAAACUCUCUUCCAAAUAUUUUAUACUCCAUGACGUUAAGUAUAUAAAAGGUGUAUAUAUAUAUAUAUAUAUAUAUAUAUAUAUAUAUAUUGGAUACAACAUGUUCUGGACUCUGUGGGCUUUGUUUACGACACAUUAAAGCUUGCGCAUUAGUGAUCAUUUGUUUCAGCCUGUCAUGUUUUAGAGUGUGGGAGGUCUUCUCUGAAGUAGAGGUUAUCCAGACUUCUGUAAGAGGUGUUUGCUUCAUUUGAGACUUCUUGUUGUGGGAAGUUUCUUCACCUUGAGAUUAAAACAUCAAAAAAUGUUCCCUCUGAACCAAUAGGGCCAGGUUAACCUUGAUAGUUUUUAUUAGUAGUCGACUGACAUGCUAGAUAUACUUAUGAAUUAUUUUUUAAUGUGUGAAUGAGCUUAUUUAAUUUUCUGCACAGGACAAAAAAGACAGUCAAGUCACCAUUUUUACUUCAAAUGGAUUUUGGGUUUACUUUAUACUGGUAUGAUAGUUCACCAGACAGAAUGUAUUAUAAUGUACAUUACUGUUUAUGUAAAAAAAAAAUCUUUUAGAAAAAUAAUCAGAGUUCUGUUUCAUUUGCAACUGAAAAAUAGGGUCGUCUUAAUUUUUGAAGUACCAGUUAUCUAAAUGCAUUUCACUCUGUUAUAAAAUGUAAUAAAUUUUCCUGUAUUAAAAUACAUUUUACAGGUAAAUGUAAUGACCUGUGUUCUGCAGCUGUAUCAAAGCAUGGAUAUGCAGUACAAAGGCACAGCCUAGUUAUGGUCUCCAAAGGAAGAGUGAAUUGUGGACAAGCUGUUGUACAGAUAUUAGUAUCCUAAAAUACUUGGGUUUUCCUACUCGCCUUCCUUACCAGAUUCAGCUGCCAAAGGUGGUCCUUGCAUGUCACAACAUUCUGGAGGAGACUGCAAAUAAUUUUGUUUUCUGUUAGAACAGAUCUUUGAGAAAUUGCCUUUUUCGGUAGACUUGGCUUCAUCUUCCUUCCCUGGUGUGUUAGGAAAACAAUCCCUGGUAAGCCGUUUAUCCAGCUAGUACAGAUUCACACAUGCUAUUUAAUUCAGGACACCCUUUAUGUCUGCAUGGUACUCUGGUAUUAAUUUAAAAUUUAAUCUACAGGUAGCAGUACACCUCAGACCUAAGGGAGAACAGAAGUAAGGAGACUGUAGGGACCCACCUGGUGUUUCAAGCUUAUGGAGUACUAUAUGUGGCAUGUAGCCUUGGGAAGCCACUACCAAUAAAGAUUUCUGAAACUAGUCCUAAAGCAGAAACUGACGAACAUUAUGACAGGCAGGAAGACUGCUUCAAGUUCUGAUUUGAUGAGCUUUCCUGCAAAUAUAGUUUUAACCUACAUUUCUAAAACUACCAAAGUGAGUAAUAGACUGACAGCUCCUUGAAGCAGAUUAGUACUUAUAGAAGAGAAAAUGUAAGCAAUGACCAUUUAUCCUUCAUUUUGUGUUUUCUGUAUGAACGCAUAAUGUAAAAACCGCCUGUAGACGGAAAAAAAAUCCUGAAUUAAGGCUAGCUUCACUCUUGCCUGAUUUUGGUCUUGUUGGCUCAUCUUGACUUUAUAACUAAAUAGAACCUACCCGAGGUCCAUCAUUAUGGUUUUAACCUAUCUUAAUCAUCACAGUUAAUCAGUCUUGAGUAAGGUGCAGUACAGAAUAUCAUUACCAUCUAAGAUGCUGGAGACAGUUUUCAUUUUUUUCUUCCUGGUGUAAAAGGGAUAUGAUAUAUUCAACCAGUUGUGAACUGAUGUUGUUUUUGCAAUAAUUAGUCUUGGUGACAGUAAGGAGACUUGUAAUUUGUAAGAUUCUGUUUCCAAGAACUAGUACCUCUUUCAAAGGGGGCAUCCCCCAGAAUACAGAAAAAGCUGCUGAUUCUCUGUGCCCCAAAUAGAAAUGGAAUAUCCCACUCUAGUAAUAGACUUUAUCUACUAAUUGUAAAUGCUCUAUUAAAAUAAAGCCAUAUUUGAAUAAA